AUGGAAGAAAUCUACGUGAAUGCUAUUCAUGUUGAGAAAGGUGACUCAAGAACCUCAGCAUCAGAGACAGGUCCAAGGGAUUCAGGGCGGAGGUUCUGUAGAGCUGCUCUGCUCGGCCUGGGACUGCUGAGUGUUCUCCUGCUGGCUGGACUCAUCAGCCUUGCUGUCAUCUACCGUGAUGCAGUGCACGGUUUUGCUGCAGAUCUCUCUAUUCUCCACGCCAACCUGACAGAGGACAGAUCUCUUCUGUCCUCCAUGACUAAAGAAAGAGACCAGCUGAAUGCCAGCCUUAUUGGAAUGACUGAAGAGAGAGACAGGCUUCAUGCUUUGUCCACACAGAGAUGGAUUAUGUUCAGUUAUGGCUGUUAUCUCCUCUCCAAUGAACGGAACUCCUGGGAAACAGCCAGACAGGACUGCAGAGACAGAGGAGCAGAUCUGGUGGUCAUAGACAGCCUUGAGGAACAAAUAUUCCUUUUUACAUUCAAAACUUCAGUUUGGAUUGGUUUGAGUGACAGAGACGAGCAGAGGACCUGGACGUGGGUUGACGGAACUCCACUGACUCUAAGUUUCUGGGACUAUCAGCAGCCCAACAACCUGAAGAAAGAAGACUGUGUCCAGACAUUGACUGGCAAAUGUGAGAACAACUGGCAUGACAUGCGCUGUUCUACUGUCCUGCCAUGGAUCUGUGAGAAAGCAGCCUAG